AUGUCACUCACAGCCGUGAAGUCUGAUGCCUCCGCGGGCAUCGGCGUGGUGGCGGGCGUGGGACGAGCUGUUGCUCUCUCCGAUUCCCGGGAAUGGGCCCCACCGCCGCCGGGCAAGCGGUGCGCCACGGUGACGAUGCUCCUGGCCCAGCGGAUAGCACGCAACGCCGGUUGCUGGGCAGUCGACGAGGAGCCCUCGUACAGUUCGAACAAGAUGAACGUCUGGCAGACGCUGGAGUACCUCUCCGGGCUGAGUCUUCGCAAGAAGUACAACUACGAGGGAUAUGCCGAUACGCACAAUGUGAUCAGGACCUUGACUCCAUCCUGGCGAAGGGAUAGUUUCGCAGAGAAGGCCAAGGCCGAGGAGCUGACGGGCGGCGCCGUGGCCGGAGCAGGAGGAGGAGCAUCUGUCACAGGAGUCACCAAGUAUACCGAGGAGCGUUCAUCGACGGCUCCCUUAAUUGCCCAGGAUGCUGCCAUUAGGAGUAGUUUUCAGAGCAGCGAUAAUGUGGCCCUGGGCAGGAGUGGUUCCUCCGGACUUCGCAGGAGGCAUCGCAGCAGGUCCAGAAAGCGAACUGGUCCCCAGUUGGAUCCCGAGUACGCCCUGUCGCCGGAGGAUCUUCAGGAUUUGGUCAAGUGCAAUUUCAAUUUGCCGCGCAUUAGCGCCCGCUUGGAGCGCCUGAUGGGCACCAAUGUGGUCAAGCUGACGGACCGCGCCUACAUGAAGGAGCUCCGCGAAAGGAUCGACGAGGAUUACCGCAAGCAGCUGCUGUCCCGCAUCCGGGCCAGGGAGCUUAAAGAAGUUGAACGCGAGCGUAUGCUUAUUAUCGAAGGGAAGUCAGAUGUAAUACCCGACGAACUGGCCGACGAUCCCAUAUUUAUGGUCAACAAAGAUGCCAACAUGGAGAUCCAAAAGGAGCGCGCCAAAUUAAAGACCGCUCGGGAAAAGAAUGCGGAACGUUUGAAGCUGCAGGGAGUCAAAUGGGAACGGGAGCGUCUUCAGCAUGCCGCCAAAGAGGCGGAGCUUCUGGCCCAGAAAAAGGAACGCCAACGACAGCAGAAGCUACUCGUGGAGCAGUACAGGACCGAGGAUGCGGAACGAGGCAUGGAUCUAUUGCGCAUCGAAAACGAAGAGUGGCGCGAGUGCGAAAAGAGCCUGAAGGAGUUCCUCGAGCAGGAACGGGCCAAGAUGAAGGAGCGUUCGAUGCGAGUCUCCCAGCCUUUCUCCUCGGAUCCGCUGGACAUACAGAAUAUAGUGAGGGCCAGACAAAAAUUCCGCGAAACGGAGCUACGUAUACGCAACCAGCUGGAGGACAAGCUGAAGGAUGUGAAGACGGCGGUCACCACACAGCAACUUACCGAAAUAAUCGAGGAUGCCCACCGUGCCAGCCAGGAGGUGUUCCGGGAGCCAUCGCUGGAGGACGAUGAGUGCCAGGACGAUGCCAUGCAUCCCAAGUACCUGGACGAUGUGACCGAUGUCUCCGAGGAGACGGUCAUCAGCGAGGAUGCCAUUAGUUUGACCCUGGCCAAGCAGCAGUAUGCCGAGGAGCUGGAGGCCGAGAUGGAGGAUGAGUUCAACAGGGGACUCCUCAUUUCCAAGCAGCAGUACGAUCAACUUCGCUUUGAGGACGAAAAGAUUGUGGCGCUCAGAAAUGCCAAGGACAUUCGCGAGCUGUACCAGCUGGCCGAGGAGAUCAUCACCGGUGAAAUCUUUGAGGAGGCGCCGGAGGAGGGCGAGGAGGAGUAUUUCCCCGAGGAGGAGGUAGAGGUCAGCGACGAAGCCGAGCCACCACCGCCGCCACCCCCAGCUUAGCUUAUAGGAGGAGCAUCGGAUACCAUCGGAGGUCAGCAGCAGGAGGAACUGUGUGGUUCGACCUUUCCACCCGUUUUUCGCUUUUUCGAAUUUUACAAAGUUUGGCCAAAUAUUUUACGUUUCCCCCAACGGAAACCGAAAUAUUUCACCAAAUUGUGCAAAAAACCAUUCGGGACUAGCCAGUUUUGUUGUUUGCUGUUGCCUGGCGUCAUCUGAAUCGCAAGAAAUUGAAACCUGUCAAUCAAUCACAACAAUUCCGGUUGAUAUCUGUCCAGUGGGGUUUAAUUAAGGCUGGCCAAGUGGCGAUAGUGCCCGCAUUGCAAAGCAGCAAUAAUUAUAAUAAAGCUACAGAAAAGCAAUAAAAACAAACGCGUGACUCAAUUGCACAUUUCAAUGCCUUGUCAGUCGCCGACAAGUAUGCUACAAA